UUUUGUUGCUCCUUUUCAUUUUUUCUCUUUCGUUUCUGUUCUAGAUGGUUCUGCCAUUUCGACGAUGACAACUAUGUGAAUGUCCCUAGGCUCGUCAGGUUCUUGGGAGAUUACAGCCCGAUGGAGGAUUGGUAUUUGGGUAAAACGAGUAUACAGGCGCCUCUCGAAAUCACCAAUAAAGAUAAAGUCUCGCAAAAAGUCAAGUUUUGGUUCGCCACAGGUGGUGCGGGUUUCUGUCUGAGUCGAGCGCUCGCCCUCAAGAUGAUGCCGGUCGCUAG